AUGGCUGCGAGCGCGGACCCGGGGAUGUUCCAGGUGUUUCUAUUCCUGCUGCUGCUGUGGUUUCUGCCCCUGACUGAGGGGUCCCAGCGGGCUGAACCCAUGUUCACGGCAGUCACCAACUCAGUCCUGCCCCCUGACUACGACAGCAACCCCACCCAGCUCAACUACGGAGUGGCAGUGACUGAUGUGGACCGUGAUGGGGACUUUGAGAUCGUUGUGGCUGGGUACAAUGGCCCCAACCUGGUUCUGAAGUACGAUCGGGCCCAGAAGCGGCUGGUGAACAUCGCGGUGGACGAGCGCAGCUCCCCGUACUACGCGCUGCGUGACCGGCAGGGCAACGCCAUCGGGGUCACAGCCUGUGACAUUGACGGGGACGGCCGCGAGGAGAUCUACUUCCUCAACACCAAUAAUGCCUUCUCAGGGGUGGCCACGUACACGGACAAGUUGUUCAAGUUCCGCAAUAACCGCUGGGAAGACAUCCUGAGUGACGAGGUCAAUGUGGCCCGCGGCGUGGCCAGCCUCUUUGCCGGGCGCUCUGUGGCCUGCGUGGACAGGAAGGGCUCCGGACGCUACUCCAUCUACAUCGCCAACUAUGCCUACGGUAACGUGGGCCCUGACGCCCUCAUCGAAAUGGACCCCGAGGCCAGUGACCUCUCCCGGGGCAUCCUGGCGCUCAGAGAUGUAGCAGCUGAAGCUGGGGUCAGCAAAUACACAGGGGGCCGGGGCGUCAGCGUGGGCCCCAUCCUCAGCAGCAGUGCCUCGGAUAUCUUCUGCGACAAUGAGAACGGGCCCAACUUCCUCUUCCACAACCGGGGUGAUGGCACUUUCGUGGAUGCUGCGGCCAGCGCUGGUGUGGACGACCCCCAUCAGCACGGGCGUGGAGUCGCCCUGGCGGACUUCAACCGUGAUGGCAAAGUGGACAUCGUCUAUGGCAACUGGAACGGCCCCCACCGCCUCUACCUGCAGAUGAGCGCCCACGGGAAGGUCCGCUUUCGGGACAUCGCCUCGCCCAAGUUCUCCAUGCCCUCCCCGGUCCGCACAGUCAUCGCCGCUGACUUUGACAAUGACCAGGAGCUGGAGGUCUUCUUCAACAACUUCGCCCACCGCAGCUCCUCAGCCAACCGCCUCUUCCGCAUCAUCCGCAGGGAGCACGGCGACCCCCUCAUUGAGGAGCUCAACCCUGGCGAUGCCUUGGAGCCUGAAGGCCGGGGCACAGGGGGCGUGGUGACCGACUUCGAUGGAGACGGGAUGCUGGACCUCAUCUUGUCCCACGGAGAGUCCAUGGCUCAGCCGCUGUCCGUCUUCCGGGGGAAUCAGGGCUUCAGCAACAACUGGCUGAGGGUGGUGCCACGAACCCGGUUUGGGGCCUUUGCCAGGGGUGCCAAGGUCGUGCUCUACACCAAGAAGAGCGGGGCGCACCUGAGGAUCAUCGAUGGGGGCUCAGGCUACCUGUGCGAGAUGGAGCCCGUGGCUCAUUUUGGCUUGGGGAAGGAUGAAGCCAGCAGCGUGGAGGUGACAUGGCCAGAUGGCAAGAUGGCCAGCAGGAACGUGGCCAGCUCGGAGAUGAACUCGGUGCUGGAGAUUCCCUAUCCCCGGGAUGAUGACAGACCUCAGAACCCAGCCAGCCUGGAGUGCGGCCAAGGAUUCUCCCAGCAGGAAAAUGGCCAUUGUGCGGACACCAACGAAUGCAUCCAGUUCCCAUUCGUGUGCCCUCGAGACAAGCCCGUGUGUGUCAACACGUACGGAAGCUACAGGUGCCGGACCAACAAGAGAUGCAGUCGGGGCUAUGAGCCCAAUGAGGACGGCACGGCCUGUGUGGCUCAAGUUGCCUUUUUAGGUGGGUAUCCUUCUGCCGCCUUUAGAAUCUCUGAGCCUCUCUCUUGGGCCUCAUCUCUUUCUCUAGGCCUUGGACUUUGCCUUCAGUUAUAUGCACUUUAA